AUGUCUCGCCAGCUCGGCCCUGGCCCCGCGCAGGCCCUCGCUCGCCUUGCACUUGCCCUCUACUUCGUCUCCUGCGUGUGGGUCGGCGCCUCGCCGUUGACCAACGUCAUCGCCUCCUACAGCGGCUCCAACUUCCUCAGCGGCUUCAGCUUCUUUGUCGGCGAUGACCCGACCAACGGUUUUGUCAACUAUGUGGACCAGAACACUGCCGUCUCCUCGAAUCUGGUCUACUAUCGCCCCGACCGCGGAACCUUUAUCGUCGGCGUCGACAACACCUCCGUGGCCACUUCCAGCCGAGGCCGCGACUCGGUCCGGCUGACAUCGACCGUCAGCUUUUCUUCGGGCCUGUUUCUCUUUGAUAUCGUGCACAUGCCGACGGGGUGUGGACUCUGGCCUGCUCUCUGGACAACCGGCCCAAACAACCCAAACAGCGGCGAAAUCGACAUUGUCGAAACAGUCAACAACCGGCCCGGCAACUCUCUCUCGCUUCAUUCGGGCCCAGGUUGCUACUCUGCAAUCAAGCGCACCCAGAUUGCCAACUACAGCUCGCUGACCUGUGCCAACAACGCCAGCGCCCCGGUCCCCAACACUGGCUGCUCCAACUCUGUCCGUGGCGCUAUGUACGGCGGCGACGGCUUCAACCAAAUGAACGGCGGCGUAUAUGCUCUGCUCUGGGAUGCCGGCGGCAUUCAAAUCUGGAUGUUCCCCCGUUCCAGUAUCCCGAGCGACGUCACCAAAGGCGCACCCGAUCCAUCCACCUGGCCCACGCCCAUCGUCUCCUUCCCGUUCUAUUGCUGCUCUGCAUCAAACUUUGCCUACAACACCAUCGUCCUCAACACUGACUUUUGUGGCAACUUUGCUGGCCCCACGUUCCUCAAAACAUGUGGAUCCGGAGGCAACUUUACCCGGGACCAGUCUUUCGAUGCAUGCGAGGAUUUUGUCAAGAACAACUACUCGGCCUUCAAUGAAGCUUACUGGGAGAUCAACUACUUCAAGGUGUAUUCAGUCGACUCGAGUAAGUAUCCCGUGUCUUGCGUGCCGUUGGUGCAGAGCAGAUUGAUCGACGGGUCGGCUGGCUCGCGGGUUGACUGGCCAGGUACCAAGGCCUCCGCUCGUCCGGGACCUAUCUGCCCAGCGAAUGGUCGAUGCCGAUCCUCUCUUCAGCCGCUGUCGGCAUCUGCUCGAUCUCUGCUGGCACCAUUAACCACGGACGACUGUUUCCCCGCAGGCAAGCCGUCGUUCAAUACCCAAAACGUUCCGGCCGGCACCUGCCCCAAAGUAUCGAUGGCACCGCAGCUGGUUUCGUCGCUGUUCAGCCUUGCUUUGGUUGGAGUUGUAUCCCUCUUUGCCCUGCUAUAG